AUGGCACCGAGUCGCAGAAAAGGUGCCAGCAAAGCAGCCGCCGCCGCCGCUGCUUGCCGGCAGUGGAAGAUAGGCGAUCUCGUCCUCGCCAAGAUCAAGGGAUUUCCGGCGUGGCCCGCAAUGGUGAGUGAGCCGGAGAAGUGGGGUUACUCAGCUGAUUGGAAGAAAGUAUUUGUCUACUUCUUUGGCACCCAACAAAUUUUAGUCCUCAUUAUUGGGUCUAGAAAGAUUGGUCAGUUUAGUGCAAAGUGUUCCAAGGCACGCACCUUGGCUCGAGGUAUACCUGAAGCAUCUCAAUGGAUCUGUUGGCAGACAUUCUGUUCCGACUUUGGUGAUACGGAAAAGGUCCUGUUGAUUAGAAGAGACAUCGAAAGAUACAAACGACUAUCUAUGGUUAAUGUGAUGAGGAACAAUAUGGAAUUGGACGAAGCUUGCCCUAUUUUUCAUGAAGAGGGUGAUUCUAAGAAGGAUUUUGCUGGUGGCUAUGAAACUGCUUUCUUGAGGCUUUUCUUUCCGUCACCUUUUAUGAAUGUUGGCAGUCUUCAUAGGAUUGGGGCUGCAUGUGCCGCAAUCUGGGUACUAGCCUUCUGCAAUCCUGCUGAUGUUGAAACAUUUACGGAGGAGAUAAAAGAAUCUCUUUUGACCAAACGUCAUGGAAAAGGUGCUGAUUUUGUUCGUGCAGUACGUGAGAUUGUUGACAGGUGUGAGAAGAAGAAAAAACAAGAACAAGUUAGCAAUGAUAAUUCAAGUGAUGUAAUCUCUGUGCCAAAUGCAAGUAAGUCAGCAGAAUCAUUGAUGGAUUCUAGGUUGAAGGAUGAAGCUUCUGCAUUGAUGGUGAACUCUUGUCCCAAAAUUCCAUACUCUACUAGAGCUAAAAAUAAUCCUAGUUCAACUGAAAGUGCUGCUGCUACAAGACGAAAGGCUGCUCUGCGUGAUGCGGAGAUGCCUUCAGAGGAUCCUACCGGUAAUUUUGGGGCUACAGAAACACCUCUGCCAACAACUUAUUCAUUGUCAAGAAAACUUGAAUUUUUGCAACCGAAGAGCAUUGUCACACAGAAAAGGGCACCAUCUGCUCNAGAGGAUCCUACCGGUAAUUUUGGGGCUACAGAAACACCUCUGCCAACAACUUAUUCUUUGUCAAGAAAACUUGAAUUUUUGCAACCGAAGAGCAUUGUCACACAGAAAAGGGCACCAUCUGCUAGAAGGUCCAGAAGUUCAGCAGAGGUGGACCCAUCUAGAUCCCAGAACUCUUUGUUGCCAUCUAGCCAUGGUGGUAGUUGUGCUGGGGAUACAGCUGCAACUUUAUUGCGGGAUGGAUAUGUGAGAAAGAACAAACUCAUCAGGAAACCUUCAAAUGUGGCUGAAGGGCAUGAUUCAGAGUCAGCUGCUUUUGUUUCAAAUGGUAGCAUCGAAGAGAAUGGUUCUGAAAUUGCAUCAGUUGACUCUGACACUCUUAGUUUCAAUGAAGGCAGCACAUUGGAGUCUGCUUGUGAACUUCUGCAACCUGAGUAUGUUGUUGAAUGUCGUGAGGGAGAUGUUGAGUUUAACCAAAGUCUUGACUUCGCUGUUGUGGUUAAGAAGAAAAGAAAGCCAAAUAGAAAACGAGCAAGUAAUGACACCAGUGAGCUUAAUGCUAGACUAGAUAGGGAAGCAGCUAUAGAGAAUAAGGUGUAUAAAACUGAACAAAUUUCGCCACGUGAUCUUGAUGAAUUGAAUUCUAGGCAUUCCAAGGAGGAAGGUGAUGAACACCUGCCAUUAGUUAAACGAGCCAGGGUUCGCAUGGGUAGACCAUCAUCUGCAGGAGAGGAAUUGGAUACCUUAGUACGAGCAGAGGAGAAAUCUUCGGAAGUUCCAAAUUGCAUUUCAGACCAGGGAUGCACGCCCUUGAUUUGUGAGGAAGAUAGCCCUGUUAAAAAUUCAUCUUCUGUGAAGAGAGAUGCAGUUGGUUCAUCACCAUCAAACAAAGGUCCUGUUAAUAAGCCUCAAGCCUGGGAAUUGAAGAAACAUCAACUGUUUAGUUGUUCAGUGGAUGGUGAAGCUGCUUUACCUCCAUCUAAACGCCUUCAUCGUGCCCUAGAAGCAAUGUCAGCUAAUGCUGCUGAAGAUCUUCAAACAUCAUCUGAAGCACCAACGACCAUGAAGACAAUUAAUAAUGGGUGUAGUUUCUCUUCCUUGGGGGACUGCACUAAUAUAUCCAUGGAAGGCAAAGCAGAGACUGAAUUUGGCUCCAGUGCUUCUCAGGAUGCCAGCGGCACCAUGAGAUGUCAGUGGAAUGAUCGGGCAGAUACAGACUCAAAAUCUUUUACAGAAGAUGCCAGUGGCACCAUGAGAUGUCAGUGGAAUGAUCGGGCAGAUACAGACUCAAAAUCUUUUACAGAAGUGAGUGAGCCGGAGAAGUGGGGUUACUCAGCUGAUUGGAAGAAAGUAUUUGUCUACUUCUUUGGCACCCAACAAAUUUUAGUCCUCAUUAUUGGGUCUAGAAAGAUUGGUCAGUUUAGUGCAAAGUGUUCCAAGGCACGCACCUUGGCUCGAGGUAUACCUGAAGCAUCUCAAUGGAAUAUGCACCUCACUUCCAUGAAGUUUGUGCUCACCUUGCGUCUUGCGCCGAUUUCCAUAAAGAACUUGGCAGCUCGGUGUGCCUUUCGCCUUAAACAACCCAGGAGUAGGUUGGUCUUCAUAGGAUUGGGGCUGCAUGUGCCGCAAUCUGGAGCCUUCUGCAAUCCUGCUGAUGUUGAAACAUUUACGGAGGAGAUAAAAGAAUCUCUUUUGACCAAACGUCAUGGAAAAGGUGCUGAUUUUGUUCGUGCAGUACGUGAGAUUGUUGACAGGUGUGAGAAGAAGAAAAAACAAGAACAAGUUAGCAAUGAUAAUUCAAGUGAUGUAAUCUCUGUGCCAAAUGCAAGUAAGUCAGCAGAAUCAUUGAUGGAUUCUAGGUUGAAGGAUGAAGCUUCUGCAUUGAUGGUGAACUCUUGUCCCAAAAUUCCAUACUCUACUAGAGCUAAAAAUAAUCCUAGUUCAACUGAAAGUGCUGCUGCUACAAGACGAAAGGCUGCUCUGCGUGAUGCGGAGAUGCCUUCAGAGGAUCCUACCGGUAAUUUUGGGGCUACAGAAACACCUCUGCCAACAACUUAUUCUUUGUCAAGAAAACUUGAAUUUUUGCAACCGAAGAGCAUUGUCACACAGAAAAGGGCACCAUCUGCUAGAAGGUCCAGAAGUUCAGCAGAGGUGGACCCAUCUAGAUCCCAGAACUCUUUGUUGCCAUCUAGCCAUGGUGGUAGUUGUGCUGGGGAUACAGCUGCAACUGUAUUGCGGGAUGGAUAUGUGAGAAAGAACAAACUCAUCAGGAAACCUUCAAAUGUGGCUGAAGGGCAUGAUUCAGAGUCAGCUGCUUUUGUUUCAAAUGGUAGCAUCGAAGAGAAUGGUUCUGAAAUUGCAUCAGUUGACUCUGACACUCUUAGUUUCAAUGAAGGCAGCACAUUGGAGUCUGCUUGUGAACUUCUGCAACCUGAGUAUGUUGUUGAAUGUCGUGAGGGAGAUGUUGAGUUUAACCAAAGUCUUGACUUCGCUGUUGUGGUUAAGAAGAAAAGAAAGCCAAAUAGAAAACGAGCAAGUAAUGACACCAGUGAGCUUAAUGCUAGACUAGAUAGGGAAGCAGCUAUAGAGAAUAAGGUGUAUAAAACUGAACAAAUUUCGCCACGUGAUCUUGAUGAAUUGAAUUCUAGGCAUUCCAAGGAGGAAGGUGAUGAACACCUGCCAUUAGUUAAACGAGCCAGGGUUCGCAUGGGUAGACCAUCAUCUGCAGGAGAGGAAUUGGAUACCUUAGUACGAGCAGAGGAGAAAUCUUCGGAAGUUCCAAAUUGCAUUUCAGACCAGGGAUGCACGCCCUUGAUUUGUGAGGAAGAUAGCCCUGUUAAAAAUUCAUCUUCUGUGAAGAGAGAUGCAGUUGGUUCAUCACCAUCAAACAAAGGUCCUGUUAAUAAGCCUCAAGCCUGGGAAUUGAAGAAACAUCAACUGUUUAGUUGUUCAGUGGAUGGUGAAGCUGCUUUACCUCCAUCUAAACGCCUUCAUCGUGCCCUAGAAGCAAUGUCAGCUAAUGCUGCUGAAGAUCUUCAAACAUCAUCUGAAGCACCAACGACCAUGAAGACAAUUAAUAAUGGGUGUAGUUUCUCUUCCUUGGGGGACUGCACUAAUAUAUCCAUGGAAGGCAAAGCAGAGACUGAAUUUGGCUCCAGUGCUUCUCAGGAUGCCAGCGGCACCAUGAGAUGUCAGUGGAAUGAUCGGGCAGAUACAGACUCAAAAUCUUUUACAGAAGUGGCAGCUUGCAACACACCCUUCAGUGGUAAUAAUGGUUCAAAGCAUGUGUCUGUGGACUCUGCUGAGGGUAAAGAUCUUAGUGUGUCAUCUUUAGGUACUCGCACUGCUGAAAUUGUUGUGGUCCAAAGUCCAAAAGUGUUGUCACCUAUUCUUGGUGGAAAACAGGCUUGUCUUGAAUGCGAUCACGGUUCAGUGCUUUCAAAUGAUGACUGCAAAACUCAAAAUUCUGAGUUGAGCAAGCCUUGUAAAGAAUUUGAUCCUCUAGAACUUUCCAGGAAGAGUUCAAAUCCUGUUGCAGGAGACAUCAGAAUCCUGAUUGCCUCACCACCGAAUGAUACCAAUCUGCUUCUGCACNAAAGAAUUUGA